AUGAAGUACUCAAGACUCUCCAGCACACAGGAUGGCUACAUUGACCUUCAGUUUAAGAAAAGCCCUCCUGAGAUCCUGUAUAAGAUCACAGCACUUGCUGCAGAGCUGUUUUUGAUUGACACCUUUCUCAUCAUCACAGGUGCCAUCCUGCAUGGCUAUAUCAGCAAAAAAAGUGCUGGGCAGACUAGGCCCUCCCCUACAGAUCACCGGCAUCCUGGUGUUCCUGCCAGGAUUUUACUAGCUGCAUAUCGCCUACCAUGCAAACAAAGGCUACAGGGUUACUCAUACAAUGACAUUACAGGCUUUGAUGACUAG